AUGUAUCGAAUCGAUGCAAUAGCUGAUCGCAUAUAUUUUAAUAUAGAAGAGACUGAAAACGCCAUCAAUAAAAUCAAAGAGGCUGAAAGUGAUUUUCAGGAAAAAAGUUUUAAACUUUUCUUUUCUACUCUGAAGAAAAAUGAAUUGAGAAAGAAACUUCAGAAACUAAUAGAUAAUGAAAGCUACAUCGAAGAACUUUGUGUUAUCUUUCGAGUAGCUGAUGAAUGUAUUCAAGAGGAGAGAGAAACUAAGAAGACAGGAAUUGCAGCAAAUUUCUUUCAUUUAUUUAUAAAAAACUUAACAACUUCCGUUGAAUUAUGGAAGAAGAUUAUUGUAAUUAUUGAAAGACCUGAUCUCGCCAACGACCUCAACAAAAUAUUGAAGCAUCAAAUAAUUAUGAUUAAUGUAUCAAAUGUUAUUGAAGAAUAUCUAAACUUGCUUUGCCAGAUUGGAGAUGAAUUUUAUAUUGACGUUGAUGGAAUUACUCAUGACAAGGAGAAAUUAAAAGUUUUUAAAAGCAUCAAAGUUUCCAGCAUGAUUUUAAUUAUUCAUCAUUUGCUUACUUUUCCUGAUACAUCGAGAUUUAUGGCUGAAAAAGUUUUCCAUAAAUAUGAACUAAGUCCACAAUUCAUAAAUUAUUUAAAAUUAUGUUUUCGUAAUUUAAGUCUCUAA